UAGGCAUCACAAACACUUACUUUAUGUGUUUCUUAUUUCAUUUAAAAACAGUGCAUGUAGCAACACACUGUAAACUACUUGUAAAUACUUGUUUAUUCAUACAUUUGUUGUCUUUUGUCUCUUUACAGGAAAACAAAAAAGUCAGAAUAAUGUACACACCAGAUCUGCCUCAAACUGAGCUGAAUGUACUUGACAAACCGAAAUAAAAAAUAUUUUGUAAUUAAUUAAUUAAUUCAUUAAAGGAAUUUAUCUAGAGCCUGUGAGGAUUUCUUCAUCUUUUUCCAUGAGUUUUGUACCUCUUAUAUUGAAAGUAUGGGUGCACUUGAAGCUCCUUCGGUUCUUACCUUCAUUCUUAUUUUGCUCUGACAUUUUAAUUGAUUCCACCUGGAAAAGAUGUAAACAAUCCUAGGCAGAAGUAACAAAACACCUUUUGAACUGAAUUAAAAACAAAUGUAAAUGUUGUUUGUAAAAAAAAUUUGUAAAAAAAUGUUCGUCCACUUAAUAAAUACACACAUAUCUCUCUUCUGCGACAAAAUGACUGGCCACUAUGUCACAUUUUCAUUGGCAUUUAUUAAAUAAACCUAGGCCAGUUACAAUGCUGUAAGUUACGUUGGCCGCUAGACGUCAGUGUUUCAUUAGUUAUUUGUUUAAUGAAUCAAAUUCAAAGAAACGUCACUGAAACGGAAUUGAUGGUUACAAUGAAUUUUGGGAACUAUAUUGGAAUCUGUGGGUCCAUAGAUGAGAAUAUUUAAAAGGCCUGUUACUAUAAAUAAUCAAAAAUAAAUAAAUGAAUAUAAAGUUUAUAAGGGUUUUCGGGGACGGUGUCCUCCGGAGGUCGCAUUUGUCGACAACUUACGUCAUCGAGGUUGUCUCAUUUCAGUAAAAAAAACAAUAUGAAAUUAACAUUUAAUUCUCUGAAAGCGUAACGAUUGUAGUUUCAUUCUUACCUUGAAAUGUAACGGUUGCUUUUCUCAAAUAAAACCUGAAAUAAUAAACAUCCCUGGCGCGAGCGCCCGCCCAAAACACAAUUUCCCACAAAGCCUUGCGCAACCGACGUUUCACAAGCCAACAUGGCGGAAAGCAGCGGCGUAACGCUUAACGAAAAUGUGCCUGUUUUUGAAUACACAGACGUGAGCUCCAAAGAGUUUCACAUCGGUGCUUUUAGAGAUUUAUGGCUGAAUGCGUUAAACCUGGAUGUGUAUUCAUACAGCGACACGAGUCCAGAGAUACGAGACGUGCAGCUUAUUGAAGAGAUGGGCAUUGAACCUGAAACCCUGGAGGAACUGAAGAACAUGUGCAGCGUUGAGUCUCUGAGAAGUGAACAUGAAGACACAGACACCGUGCCAGCAGAUCCUCAGCUCUCCACUUUGAAACUGCGCAAGAGAAGACAAGAAUAUAAAGAAUCUCUGACCAGGGACCACAUUGACAGACAUGAAGCUUACGCCAAUGAAUUGGAGAUGAUAUGUGUGGGUAAGAAGCCAGAAGACCUAGGAGAUCUAGUCCCCGAGGGAGAGUUAAUCCUGACUUUUAACGUGUUGUAUCCCGUGCUGUUUCAGCGGUUCAAGCAUGUUAGAGCAUAUCAGACGCUGAACGUGUUGGGCUCUCAGAAGUUGACCGAGCUUAAAGAUGCCAUCUGCUGCGUCAGCGAUCUCCAGGUGUUUGGAGAGUUCAGCAACAAUCCAGACACGGUGCCGCAAUUCAUCAGCAAGGAUCAUUACAAGUCGGCUUUCUUCUUCUUCAACGGGACUUUCUACAACGACACGCGCUUCCCAGAAUGCCGAGACAUCAGCGCCACAACAAUCGACUGGGCCAAAACCAGAGACUUUACGGAAUUUGAGACCGCUAAGAUGGAGGACACUUGUUUCCACGACCUGAAGAUGAAAGUGGGGUUUCCGUAUUACUACACCCACCAGGGUGACUGCGAGCAUGUUGUUAUCCUCACCGACAUCAGACUGGUCCAUCAGGAUGAUUGUCUGGACAAGAAACUCUACCCGCUCAUCACACACAAGCACAGGGUCGUGACUCGGAAGUGCUCGGUGUGUCAUACCUACAUCAGCAGAUGGGUUACAACUAAUGAUGCUCUGGCCCCCACAGACCCCUGUCUGUUUUGUGAGCAGUGCUUUCGAUUGUUUCACUACGACGAUAAAUUAAACAAAGUAGGAGAUUUCCUGGCCUACGCCUAUGUCGAUCCCGGCACGUUUAACUGAUCCUUUAACACAACUGUGUUCUCCAGAUGUCAUUGUUGCACUGUGUCACUGAAGAUUUUUCGUGACACUUCACCUAGCAAUGUUAGAAAAGUAAAACAUUUGUACUGUUAAGUGCCACUUUAUAUGAUAAGUUAUCAGUUUUUGUGUAAAUUAAAUACUGUUAAGACUUGAAGCGCAAAGAAUGCAUGUCGAUUAUUAUGUUUAUUGUGAGAGAAGUGUUUUCUUAAAUGAUUUUUUCUUAUUAAUAUGCAUGCCAAGGGCAUCCUAUGUUAUGUUCUGAAUCAAAGUCUGACAAGUUAUGAUAAGUUCAUUAAACUUAUGACAACAAAUAUGAUGGGAUUUUGAGAUAAGAUGGUAAUGUAAUACAGCCCAUUGUUCUUUAUUGUUAUUUUUUAUAAAUGGUUUAAAUGAGAUCUGUCCACCAGCGUUUUUGUAAUAUGAAUGAUC